AUGACGGCGCCUAAGAAGCUUACGGAUUGUCCGGAAAACCUCCGGGAGGCCAUCGACUGGCUCCUCCAGGUGAGGCAUGGGAAUGACAAUGGGCUUGGUGAGUUGGCCAAAGCGUUGAAAAAGUUUAUUGAUGAGGCUAUUGAGAAGGCGUAUACCACUAAUUUCGAUGCACUUCUCAAACUUCUCAAUUCUGCCAAAUCUUACAACUGUUGUAAGGACAAAGUGGCUGCAAUUGAGAAGCUUAAAGAUUCAAAAAACCUUACCCCCAACACUUUUGAAAACCUUAAAUCGCAAUGUGAAGGCAUUAAAAAUUGCUAUAAAAGUCACCUCGAAGAUUCGCAACAGAAAGCUUAUGAUGAAAUUGAGUGCAAGUUGGAGCAGCUUGAUGGGCUUAAUAAAAGUCUCAUUGGAUUAACUAAUGGAAACCAAUGUAAAGAUCUUUUUGAGAACCUCUGCACUGGUCUCCAAAAAUUCCUAGGCUUCAAUCCAACUUCCAAAGGCUACGAUGGCAGUGGUAUUGUGUACUCUGACCUGGACAGGCUGUGUGAUGCAGUGAUGGCGUUUUUGCACGGGGUGUUGGAGAGUGUUAAAACAUAUGAUGCAGUGACAACUUAUGAUGAGAAGCUUAAUGAAGGUUACAGGUUGAGUAAUGUCCUUGAAAGGAUUGAAAGAUCCAUAGGUCAGGGGGUUGCAGAAUUUGGCGAGUGCAUUAAAGAGGUGGAUACGUGGAUUGGGAGGUUUGAAAAGGAAAUCAAGAAGAAGACUGACGCAUUUAUGAAACCACUUAAAAACCUCAAAAAUGACGUCUUAGUGGAUAGGAAUUUAAUUGAUUACGAUAAGGAACAUGAUAUUGCAUACCAGAUAUCCGAGUGGAAAAAGCGUGCCGGGCAGUACAUUGCCAAGGUAGGUAGAUCGGAAAAAGCAUUGAAGGACAUUGCUGGAAAUCUUAAAGCAAAAUUGUCUCCAAAAAUAAGUUUGUUGAAGCAGGCGACUGAGAAUUUUUUGAAGUCGGUGAGGAAUGAGGAUCUUAACAAUAUGUUCAAAUUGGCAGAUGAGCAAAUGUUUGCAGUUAUGAGUUAUGCCGGAUCAAAGGCGAAACAGCGUAUCAAGAAUCUUCAGCAGAGUUUGAUACUGUACAUUCGUAAUUUGCAAAGUAAACUGGGGAAGCUGAAAUCUGAGCAAUUUAGCAAUUUGCUAAAGUCGGUAAAUUCUGGGCUUCAUUCCUCUCUAAAUGCCGCAAAUUAUGCGAUCGAUCAUUUCAUAUCUACGUAUGGAAAAGAUGUAGUAGAUGGGUUGACCCCUAUUGUAAGCCGUGCACUUAAGCUUAAAGAUAAAGUUGCAGCAGAGAAAGCCGUUCUUAAGGCACAGAUUAAGCUUAUGGGUGAUAAGUUAAAUGAAGUUAAUAAUCUGUAUACGAAGGUUAGAAUUCCGGAGGAGUUGGUUGGUUUUCAGGGUGGUGGUGAAUGGGAUAUGAAUACGUUCAUCGUACAGGUAACAAAGCAAAUUGAAAAUAACAUUGACUUGUACGUAGAUAAUUUCGGAAAGGCGUUAUAUAAGGGUGUAGAUAUGGCUGUGACAUUGACUCCUGGCCAUGUUCCAGGUCUUGAAGCUUUGGAAGGCGAUAAAGAGUUGAAAGAAAAGUUAGGGUAUUUGGGAAGUUUGUUGGAGAGUGCAGUCGCAGACAAAAACAAUGGUGGUUUGGGCUAUAACAUAGAAACUGUGCUAAAGUAUCUCAACGAUGCCAAAAAGGUAAUAAAUGGGGAAUGGGGAAACUUUUCUAUGAUAGUUGGGAAUGCAAUGAAAACCGCCCUUAAAGGCAAGGUAAUCGCCGGAGUCAACGACCCCCAAAUUUUCAAACUCAUUACUAAUGCCGUCCGCACCGGAAUAAAUAAGCUUCAGGGGGCGGUAGAUGGAAUAAUUACCAACCAUUUGAACGAAAUCAAACGAAAGCUUACGGAGCUUCAAACUAUGGACGAAGAAACCACUACUUCAGGGUCAUUAUCGGAUCUUCAACAGCAAGCAGAUGAUCUUAACAAAGCAAUUGACAGCUUCCUGAGUAAUACUGUUGGCAACACUCGUGACACGAAAAAAGAUGCUAAGCGUACCGUUUUCGCAGAAUUGAACUAUGUUAGAGACCAGGUUACGGAACUUGGCCGAAGCAUUGCGGACGUGAUGGAGAAAGUCGAUGAUGUUGGUAAAGAGUUAACCUCUUGCAUCGGAGAAGCCGAAGCGCUGCUUAUAAUGGCGCCAAACGAAGCCGAAAGGGUCAUGGAAACUCUAUGCAAAGAAGUAAACAGUAAGAUUGAAAGAGCGUUCACGGAAUUGCAGGAUAAGGCCAAAGACCUCUACAGUGAAAGGAAGAAAACUGAAGUGGAAGCGUUGGAAGAUAUUAUUGAAAAACAACUCAGGGAUGUUGAAAAUUUAAUAAAAGAUGACUUGGCAAAUGGUGUCAACGGGUUCUUGCGUAAAAUAAAAAAAACAUUUAUUCCCAAAGCUUAUGAGAUUAAAAGCAUUCCGACAACAUCGGGCUCAAAAGCAAGAAAUACCGCGAUAAUUGUACAAAACGCAUUUACACAAUUUAUGAGUGUAUUACUAAUGCAGGAAGAAGUUAUGCGUUUAGAAAUUGAUGUUUCAAAUUUUGCGAGUUCUUUGGAUUCUCUCCUGCGAGAAAUAUAUAAAAACCAACAUUUCGAUUAUGUCGUCACGGAUAAACUUAAAACGUUGGACGAUGCGCUGACAUCAUUUUCAGCAGAAACCUUAAAUGACGCCCCUAAAUAUGUCCUUUACCCCCUAAAAGUCGGCCUCCUUAACUUCACCGCGCAACUCGGCCACGCGUACGUGAACAGGUACUCGGGGGUGAAGAUGGGUAAAUUGCUUGAAGUUAAACCUUCAUCUAAGAAUCAAAAGCCUGCCGAAAAUCAACUUGCUACCACCCAACCCCCUCAUUACGAUUUAACCCCUGAGGGCCGCAACUGCGCCAAGGUGUGUCUGACGAUACUGGAGAUGGUGAAUGAUUCAUGGUGGAAGUUGAUCAAAGCAUGUAAAAACAACAGUAGUAAUCAAAUUAACUUAGAUGAAGGAAAGAGACUUGGUUUUUUGUUUUACAGCCGAGGAUACAAUGUGGUUACCGGUAGGAAUAAGCAGGACGGUGAGUUGCGGAAUAAAGACGCAGCGAUGACCGGGGAUAAAAUUAGAGAGUUGUGUGAGAAAGAAGUAACAAUCUCCAACAGCAAUGCGCUACUUGGAGUCAAUAAAACAGGCACCGUCCCAAUUUACUUACUGCUUCGUUACUUGAAUGAUAGAGUAGACGACUACACUCGUGUAUGCCACCUGAGGCACAUCGGUUCACCUAAGGCGCCGACAAAUGUUAACCAGAUGCUGCACUGGCUCUCUGGGCUUUCACAUAAUUCCGUCUAUGGCCCCUUAUGCAAAUACUUUAAGCAAGUCAUCCCUAAACCUGGGAAAUAUAAGGAGACGCCGUAUGAUAAAAUCCCAGACGAUGAACUCAAUCUGCCUGCCACUAUAGACAUUAAAUACAACAAUCUGAAACCGACGCUUGCGGAAGUAUGUGCCUUUGCCAGACGUGUAUUGAUCUGCAUACUUGGCCAUGGUCACGCAGACGGGCGGUACGCCUGUGAGUUCAGCACGAAUGCUGAUGGAUUAGAUUAUCCGAGUAGCUCCAGUGCCUGCUUCGACACGCUCGUUGAUGUUUUGAAUAGACUCUAUGAUCAACUUUAUUUUGUAUAUGUCCAGUGUUACCGUGAAUCAGAUGAUAUUAGUUGGCGCGACUGCUGGUAUGGUAGGUACGUUGGCGGAUCAGAUUGGAGGUGCAAUGAAAAGCAAUGUCCCAACCAAAUGGGUGGUCAAACGUGCCCCCAAAUUGCCAACCAAAAUGCUGACCAAAAGUGCGACCAGCAUCCUAAAUGCGGCCUAAAAUCGCCAUUGCAGUCAUUCCUCGAAGAUGGUUUGCCAGGCUUCUUGCCUCACUCCUUCAGCAAACCUGGAUGCAAACUGGAAUGCACAGUGUCCAAUCACAGAGGUAUUCCAUGCAAAACGCCCAUGGGAUUCGCUGACAUCAGUGUCACGGCUUCGCGUACAUCCAAAGGUGAACGUAUUAUGAAGGUUCUUGGAGCGUUCUGUGGCCAACAGGAUAGCCCACUUACGAAAUUGUGCGGUGUAUUUAUCUGUCUUUUGCAGAAGCCUCCGCAGACUCUCGGUGAUAUGUUCUCGUUUUACUUCUGUUACCUUAAUGAAUGGGGAAAGAAUUCAAAAGAACACAAAAAGGAUGCGUUUGACAAGGCUGUUGCUGGAGCAUACUUCGGUGUUUCGUACCCGCAGUUGAACGUUUCUUCAAUUUGGUUAACUAGCAAUCAUGCGCACAAAACCCAUGGUACCGGUGACUUGUACAGUCUCUACAGCUGCGAUUGUGAAGGGAAGUCUGAAAUCACAUGCGGCAGGUAUAUGAAGCCGUUUGGUUUAAACACGUGGCUCGUGUUCUCGAACAAAAACGCCAACCGUUACCUUUCCUGGAUCGUAUAUCUCACCGAAACGUUUUAUGACCUGCUCGACAAGUUGUAUAAAAAUUGUUGUAAUAACUGUAAUUCGCCGGGUACCAAGUGCCACGGAAGGAUAUGCUCUGCAUCAUGUGAAGUCAAAAGCGCUUAUGAGUCUGACAACCCUUCGAAGAAAGUCGAAGGUAAACAUCACACAAAGGACUGCAAAUCCAUUGCUCAGUGUGCCUUCACACGUCCCACAUUGUACAAUUACGGAUUCGUAUUAAACAGCUUAACGAACCUCAGCGGCAGAGAUAGUGUUGAAACAAAGCGUACAUGUGGAGAUUUCUGCAGAACCUUAGAAAAAGUUAUCAGCAAAAAUAUAUCGGACGGUGCGCCGCUGCCAAAACUCAUUUACGUCCACAUCCCCGAAUUCCUUUGGAAAAUUAGGGAACCAUUCUCCUACCUUGUCCUCGCCCUAUGGUCACUAUCGCUCCUCUACCUGUUCUACGUCUUGAUCGGACGCCUUGACACGCUACACAUCCGCUCCCACCUGAGAUCACUUUCAAGUCACAAGAUAGCCGCGCAGUCGCUACUCGCCGCUGCACGUGUCGGCAAGCUCAGCAAGAUAUCGUACUUGCAAGCCUAA